UUGUUGUUACAGUAAUCUCUCUACGGGUGUCACGCUGCAACGGGACCAGCAGAACAAUGCGCCAAGCUUGGUCGAAAUGCGGGUACCUGUACGAAACCGAGUCGGACACCGGCCUACCUCCCGCGCUGUUACGGGAAAACAAAAACCUGGAAAUUUUGUGGCUCAACAAGAUCGGGUGUGGGGAAGUCGACGAGGAUCUCUUCUCCGGGCUGUCUAAGCUUCGAUUCCUGCGCUUGACCUUCAACGGCCUGUCAUCGCUGCCGGAGGACGUAUUCACCGACCUGGGGCAGCUACAAGAACUGUACAUAGGAUACAACAAGCUUACGACAUUACCAGCGGGGAUCUUCUCCAAUCUAGGCCAGCUACUAUAUCUCGGCCUAAGCAACAAUCUCUUGGAAACGCUGCCUGGCGGCUCGUUUACCGAUCUGACUUCGAUCGUCGAAAUAGAUGUGGCGGAGAACCCGGAUUUGCUGUGUGUCGCGCCUGGCCCUGCGGGAGAGAUUCUGAGGGACUCGAGCGCUUCUCAGGACGAAUCGUGCGCCGUGGAACGUCGAGUAGCCGUUUCCGUGCACAACCUGCUUAUUUCCGACAUGGGUUCCAACCUCUACGUCGAGUCUAACGGAAGCUUGGCAAGACCGAGCUCUCUCACGAAGAGGCACGGGUCACGUAGUCAGUCAUGGAGGCUUAUGGAAGACCUGACUGCUGUAUUUUGUAUUACCGGGCUCUUGAAGUGCGUGGCCCCCUAUCCUUUACACGCACAAGCAGGAGCUGAGACUUGCAGCAACGGCCUGGAAGGCAUCGACGGGAGCGGUGGCGUAUGCUGUUCGCUUGACUGCGGACAAUGCGGAGGAAAGGGAUGCUAUACGUCUGGCUCUGCGAAUGGCCUCGGUGGUGAUUUCUGCUGCAGUGGAGGAAUCAAGGCUAGCGAUGAGUACUGUGAUGAGACCAACGAAGCCCCAUGCAUCAUCGGCAGCCGCCCCGGUGCGAAAAUGAUCCAUGUUCCCUCAUUGCAUGUCAUCUACGAUCGUGUAACUCACAAGCAAGCUUGUCUCGCAAAUGUAUACCUUUUUUUCCUAGGACAAUCAGUCGAAACGUGCAGCAACGGCCUGGAAGGCAUCGACGGGAGCGGUGGCGUAUGCUGUCCGCUUGACUGCGGACAAUGCGGAGGAAAGGGAUGCUAUACGUCUGGCUCUGCGAAUGGCCUCGGUGGUGAUUUCUGCUGCAGUGGAGGAAUCAAGGCUAGCGAUGAGUACUGUGAUGAGACCAACGAAGCCCCAUGCAUCAUCGGCAGCCGCCCCGGCNCGAAUGGCCUCGGUGGUGAUUUCUGCUGCAGUGGAGGAAUCAAGGCUAGCGAUGAGUACUGUGAUGAGACCAACGAAGCCCCAUGCAUCAUCGGCAGCCGCCCCGGUGAGAUAAGGCAGUCCUGGAUACAGUGA